AUGCCUGCGGCUCUCCUCCGCCGCUUCACUGGAGUCUCGGAGGAGCUGGCGGUGGGCAGCCAGCGCGUAUAUGGGCGCGCCGACACCGGCAAGCCCGCCAGCGAGCAGCCACCGACGCAGCAGUUCAGGCUCGACUGCCGCCCCGAGGGCGUACACGUCACCAGCCUGAGCCCGGUCAACCCCACCAAAGUGGUGUUUGCGGGCGGCAGCGGCGGCAGCGUGCUCCUCAACGCCGGUGAUUCGUGGGUGCUGGCCCCAGGCGACCGCGUGCUGCUGCUCGCGUUUGACCCCUCGAUGUUUGUCAAACUGGAGUCCGGCCCUGGGGCAGCGGCAGCCCAGCGCCCGGCGGCGGCCGCACCUGGAGGCAACCGAGAGGCCGGCCCGGGUGCGGCAGCAGAAACCAGCGGUACUCCGCCACCUGCGGCGGCGGCUGCGCACGCGCAGCCUGGGGCAGGCCCUUCCGGCGGCGGGGCUGGCGAUGGGGCUGGCGGCAGCAGAGGCGGCGGCGAGGCGCCGCCCAGCAAGCGGGCACGCGUGGAGGGCGGGCAGGCAGGCGGCCAGCUGCAGCGGCAGCAGCACCAGCCGGCAGCAGCUGCUGCCGCGGCGGCGGCGCCCGUGGUGCUUGUGAUGGUGGGGCUGCAGGGCGCGGGGAAGAGCACCUUCUGCCACAGCCUGAUCCAGAGGGCGCAGCAGGCCGGCCAGCAGCAGCAGCAGCAGCAGCAGCAGCCUGGGGAGCAGCCGCAGCAGCAGGCAGCGCCGCGGCGCUGGGUGCGCAUCAACCAGGACAGCAUCGCAGGCGGCCGCCGCGGCACGCGGGAGCAGUGCCUGGAGGCGGCGGCGCGGGCGCUGGCGGGCGGCGCCAGCGUGGUGGUCGACCGCACGGGCGUCACCCAGGACCAGCGCCGGCCCUUUGUGCGCCUGGCGCAGCAGCACGGCGUGCAGCAGGCGCACUGCCUGAUGCUGAAGCUGCCGGUGAAGCUGUGCCAGAGCCGGGCGGCGGCACGCAACGACCACGAGGGCGCGCUGCAGGGACAGGCGGCCUACCCGGCAGUGGCCCGCAUGCAGCGGCAGCUGGAGGAGGGUGGGGACCCGCAGGCGCGGGAGGGCUUUGCCAGCGUGCUGAUCUGCGAGAGCGACGGCGAAGCGGCGGCGGCGCUGGAGGCGUGGUCGCUCUACGGGCCCAGCCACCCUGACCCUGCGGCCGAGUAUGCCAGGCUCAGGCCACCGCCGCCCAAGGCCGCUGCGCUCAACACCAUAGAUCGGUUCUUCAAGAAGGUGUUGAAGCCGGCGCCUGCUGAGCAGGCUGCGCAGGCGGGGGAGGGGGGACAGCCUGCGGCAGCCGGGGCGCAGGGGAACGCAGGCGAGGCGCAUGCGCAUGCACCGCAGCAGAAGCAGAAGGAGCCAACAGCGUCCCCCAGCAGCACAGGACACCCUCGGCAGCAGCAGCAGCAGCAUCAGGGCGGCAGCGGCGGCGGCGAUGCGUUCCAGGCGCUGAUGGCAGCAGCGCGGCCGCAGCCGCGGCCAGGCGCUGCUGCGGGCCCCGCCUCUCCUGCAUCUGGCGGCGCCGGACCCAGCGGCGGCAAAUCCAAGCACGGAUUUGACGGCCAGGCCUCUUGGGCCAGCAGCCUGGCCACCAUUGCCGCCAAACCGGAGAGCUGCCGGGCCGUCCAACCAGACCUGCAAUACGAUGAUCUUACGGCGCGGCAGCACUGGCUGGUGGUGGCGCGGGAGCGGCGGCUGGAGGGCCCCCUGGACCUCACAGCAGCAGAUGUGCCGCUGCUGGAGCACAUGAUUGUGGUGGCGCGGCGGCAGGUGGGCCAGAUGCAGCGGCGCAGCCCCGGCCUGCGCUUCCGCGCCGGCUUCCACGCCGUACCUUCCGUCAGGCAGCUGCACAUGCACGUGGUCAGCCAGGACUUUGACUCGGCCUGGCUGAAGAACAAGAAGCACUGGAACUCCUUCACCUCCCCUUCUUUCUUCCUGGACGCCGCCUGGGUGGUGGAGCAGCUGCGCCAGCAUGGCGCCCUGCGGUACAGCCUGCAGGAGAAGGAGGCGCUGCUGAGGGGCGCGCAGCGGUGCCACCGGUGCGGCGCGGCGCAGGCCAACAUGCCGAGCCUGAAGCGGCACAUCGCCGAGUGCGGCGCCGAGGUGGCAGGCCCACACCUGUACUGA